GUGUGUUUAUUUUGUUUUUAAAGAUAAUGUCAAGCUGGAUUUCAUUUUUUUAAUUUUCUCAAAAACAUAUCAGAUCAAACAAGAUGAAUUAAGUUUCUCUUUGUGUCCGUUUUUUCAGCAUCUCUAUCAUUCUCAUAUUUUGUCCUUAGUAAAAACACAAACCUAAAGAUAUUUCUAAUCAUUUCCUGAACUUGUCAUUAAUGCUCUUAACAUCAAUAUGACGUCAGCAGGACGAUUCUUAACCUGUGUUAUUUGAGAACGUCCUCUAAAGCUGCGAAGGCCUUGAUAUCUGGUUAUAAGUUUCUUAUUUUAUCCUCCAAGUGACGCUGUUGUCUGAUGAAUCUGUGGGGUUAGGUUAUUCCUUUUAAAGGCAGAUUUUUUUUCCUCCAUCCUCCCUGCUUUGUACAUCAGCAGAUGAUCCGUGUUUCCUAAACGCAAAGAACCAUCCAGCAUUUGAACUCUGUGAAUUUGCUCCUCUCUGAGCUGAAAUCGUCAUUCUUUCAAUAUAUUUGAUUUUUUUUAAUUAUUUUAUUUUGUUAUCAAUCUAAACAUGGAGCCCGCGGAGCGGAGCGGAGACAGAUGGGUAAGAUGGCGAAUGCGACGGAUGGUGAAGUUUUUUGUUUUUCUGUCACUUUUUCUUCACCCAACAAAAGCACAGAUCCGGUACUCGGUCCCCGAGGAGCUAAAGGUAGGAUCUCUGAUUGGGAAUAUCGCGCAGGACCUGGGCUUGGAUCUGAGAAGGCUCCGGUCCGGCCGGSCCCGCAUCGUGACGGGAGAAAACAUCCAGUACACCGAGCUGAGGACAGACAAAGGGACCUUAGUGGUGAAGGAGAGAAUCGACCGAGAGCAGCUCUGCGCUGAUGUGACGCCGUGCAGCUUCGCCUUUGAAAUCUUACUGGAAAAUCCCAUGGAGCUACAUCCCGUCACCAUAGAGGUUCUGGAUGUGAACGACAACGUGCCCACGUUUCAGAACUACCACUUGGAAUUUGAAAUAAGCGAAUCGGCAGCGCUCGGAUCGCGCUUUGUUUUAGAGAGCGCGGAGGAUGCUGACGUUGGACAAAAUGAUCUGCAGAAUUACAUUUUGACUCCGAAUGAGAAUUUCGUUUUGAAACAACACGUUAAACCAGACGGGAGGAAAUACGCUGAAAUGGUUCUUCAGAAAGCUUUAGAUAGAGAGGAGCAGCCACGCCUGUCUCUGAAACUGCUUGCUGUUGACGGUGGGAACCCACAGAAAUCUGGUACAGCAAAUAUAGAUAUCAUUAUUCUAGAUGUUAAUGAUAAUGCUCCGGUAUUUAAUCAAUCUGUAUACAAGGCAACAGUGACAGAAAAUGCGCCAAGGGGCACCUAUGUUGUUACUGUCAAUGCAAGUGAUAUAGACAGCGGCUUAAAUGGGAAAGUAACAUAUUAUUUGUCWAAUUUAAAGGCAGGAAUGGCUGAUUUGUUUGAUAUUGAUGAAGUUAGUGGGAAAGUGUUUGUAGCAAAACAAAUUGAUUUUGAAAAAAACAAGAAAAUUGAGUUYAUAGUUGAAGCAAAGGAUCAGGGUAGAUUAACAGAUUCAAGCAAUGUUGAAAUUGAGGUUAUAGAUGUAAAUGAUAACUCCCCAGUUAUUAAUGUGAUGUCAUUCACCAGUCUUGUCUCAGAAGAUUCUCCUGUUGGAACCACAAUUGGCAUAAUUAAUGUAAAAGAUCUUGACUCUGGCAAAAAUGGACAAAUAACAAUCGGGAUCGAAGGAAAUGUUCCAUUUAAAAUCAAGUCUAAUGUCAGAAAUUACUACGCAAUUUUAACAGAUGCAGAAUUAGAUCGUGAAAUAGUUUCUGAUUACAACAUCACCCUUAUUGCAACUGAUUCAGGCUCACCUCCUUUAUCAACUAAAAAACAGUUUAAUCUAAAGCUGUCAGACGUCAAUGACAACCCCCCUGUAUUUUCGCAAAUCAUUUACAGUGCAACAAUAGUGGAAAAUAACUCCCCCGGUGUGUCUGCUCUAAGUGUUACAGCUAAAGAUUCUGAUGAAAACCAGAACGCACGUGUUUCCUAYAUUUUAGAUGACAGAGAAAUUAGUGGCUCUCCCAUAUCUCAGUAUGUUUCAGUUAAUUCAGAAACUGGAGUUGUUCAAGCUGUUCGUUCGUUUGAUUAUGAGCAGAUCAAAGAGUUUCUUUUCAUCAUCAAAGCUCAGGAUGGAGGCUCUCCUCCACUCAGCAGCAACGUGACUGUGAAAAUCCUGAUCCAGGACCAGAACGACAACCCCCCUCAGGUUCUGUAUCCAGUCCAAACAGGUGGUUCUGUGGUGGCUGAGAUGGUGCCUCGUUCAGCAGAUGUGGGCUAUCUUGUGACUAAAGUUGUGGCUGUUGAUGUGGACUCUGGA